AUGAACCCCGUGAGCCUACGAAAGAGGCUCCGGAGGAUCCAACGUCAAGAACAAGAAACUGCGGAAGUUCGAAGUCAGACAAACAAGCAGGUGGAGAAUAACAAAACAGUUGAAUUCCAGCAAUUAUUGAAUUCAACAAUAAUUGCGUGUAAAAAAUUAUUCUCCAAAUGCUUAAAUGAAACCUCAAGUAAAGCAGAAUCGAAACGUUCUUUGAUGGCCGCCAUAUUUCAAUCGAGAAUUCUUAUAGGCAGACUUUUAGCAUUAUAUCGUUGGCACAGACAGUCUACAAUCUCUUCGUCGACACUUACUGAAGGCAAAUUCAACAAUAUGAUCAACCAUGUUGUCAGAAACCUUCAAAACAUCAACUCAGAAUUUUCCAAAGUGAAUAAUCUUCGGCCAGAAGAAGAAGCCGAAGCCGAAGAGAAGCUUGAAGUUAUUCUUGCCAACGAAAUCUCGUAUUCUACCAUAUUUAUUAAGCUUAUUUCUUAUGAUUUUCCAAAUUCAAUUACAAAUGUCAUAAUCCGCAGCACAGACUUUUCAAUUACUAUUUUCGAUCGAGUCACGCUGAGCAUAAGAUUAACGAAAGAUGAGCAAUUUAAAUUAAAGAAUAUGUCUUUCAAAACAGAUUUUCGCAUCAAAAGAUUGCAAGUCCAAAAUAUAAUUGCCGCAGUAUCAUCGAUUCUUGAUAGUGGUGUAAAUGUCUUUACCCGCCUUGAUAGAUUUUUUAAUAAGUGUUUAAACAAUAUUGCCUUAGCAGAAUUCGCUGAUAAGCUGAUGAAAUACGAAAGCAAGUAUAAAUUCACAAUGCAGCACAAGGAUGGUGUAAUAACGAUCAUUUUGCCGGAAGGAUUCUCUCAAUUUAGAACUUUUAACGUAUAUUCCCAAAAUCAAAAAAUUGUCGUACAAUCUUGCCACCCACAGUUUCUGGAGGGAGCGGCUGAGUUCCAAUACGUUACAUUCAAUGAUACAGAGCCGGAAUUUUUAAUUCCGAAGUUAUUUGAGACAGCGCUCAAAUCUUUCAUGAAAGUGUACAUGGAUUUGUUGGACAAGUACGUAAAGCCUUUGAUUCUCUCGUUAAAGGUCACACAAUUAAAUUAUCACCUUUAUUUCGAAUUUAACGACAAACAUGUCAUGACAAUUGGCUUCGAGCCAUCUACAUGUGUUGCUUCGAUCAUACAUGCUCCUGGAAUCUUUAUUAAUGCAGAAGAUGUCGUUCACUGCAUUAAUCAAGGAAUUCUCAACACAAGAAAGGUUUUCCGCUUGUUAAUGAACCAGUACGCAUUGACAUCUUUGUUCUUCAACAAUCCAAACGCUUUCUUCUGGGAAAAGUGGAAAUAUUACGCAAGAGAUAAUUAUAUCCCCGUAAUUUCUUAUUCUUCAUGCCCAGACUACAGAUUCAAGCUCUGCGCGAACCAGGAAGUUCCUUCUAUCGAAUUACUUCUUGAUCAAGACGAAUACAAAGAAAAUUGCCACAAAAUUUCAUCUCUUCCACCUGCAAUCGCAGCUGUUUACCUCCAGAUCCGAAAAGACCUCGGAUCAGCCGCUGUUUCGACGAAAUCGAGGAUUACAUAUUCUCCAGAUUCGACUUCCAUCGCCGCCAUCGAGUUUUCGCCAACAGGAAAAUACAGCGUCCACAUUAUUGGCAACAAAUACAACAGAUGCGCUUACAAGAUCCACGGAAAUUUCGUUUCUUUCCGGUUCAGCGAUUAUUUUGCCCAUAUUUCGGUUUCUUUCUCGAAACUUCUUAAUGUGGCCAAGCAAAUUUCCCAGAGCGACUUCAUCAACUCGAAUUAUGAUUUGUAUCCGACUGUUGACGUCAAUUACAUGCCAGAACACAUACCUGCCUUCCAUGUAAGCAUCCGUGGCAUGCUCCUUUUGGCUUCAACAACAAGGUCCGUUGACUUAAUUUUGAGAUCUGAUCAAGGAGUCAAGCUUGAGAUUGAAUUUGCAAGGUAUUGCAAGGUCCAGCAGUGUAUCUAUGACAUGAUAACCACAGGAAAUGCUAUCAAUAAGCUCAGCGCUUUCCUUUCUUCGGCGAUGAUGCAAUUCUGUAUUUUCCAAGAUACGUUCCUUGCAUAUUCGAACCGUCCAUCAUGGUCAUUAUCCGCUUUAUCGAAGGAUAACUACUUCUCCUUAAUUUUCCAGAGACAUUUUACGAUGAAUAUUUCAUGGAAGUCGACGCACGUAUUCCAUGUCAUUAUUCCGAAGAUUUCUCCAUCCCUUGUCCUCCAAAUCGCGCUCAGAAAGUUCCCAGGAUUCUCUCCGGAGAAGAGAUUAUCUCAUCCAACGCUAAGUGUCCACACCUCUCAACUUUCGAGCCUCAAGAUGUACAUAGAAGACUUCUUCCUCGACAGAGAUGCCCUUCUUUACGCCAAAUUCCACCCAGUUCAGCAGACAGAUGAGAAAAUGAAAGUUUUCGAGCCGAACGAGCAAUCUCAAUGGUUCCACUUGCAAGCUUUGAUGUUAAACAGUGGCCUCGAAGUCAGAUUGUCCCAAUGGAAUCCAACAGCUGAUAGAAUUUUGAAGGCAUUUUCAAUGUUCUCGCAAACAAGGAAUUUAAUGCGUGUACGUCUUAUCUUCAUGUCGCGCAUUGCCCAGAGACCAGAAUCUGUUGGUAUUGCCGUUGCAAGAACCAUGGAAGAGAUAUCAAAUCUUCCGGGCAUCGAUUGGAUGUCAUUUGUCCGUAAGGCAACGUUCGAACAGGAACAGGAGAUCCAAGUUAAGUUCUCAUCUGUCGUUUUCGAACACAGCCAGUUCUCAAUUCAGAUUUCCUUAGUUGAUGAUACAACGAGAGUUAGAGUCACAUCUGAUAUUGAGGGUGCGGAUGAUGUUGUUAAUUUCUCGACGUUCAACAAAUGGAUUGGUAAUAUAAUCCAUAAAUAUAUGUAA